GUUGAACUCAAUUUACCAUUGGUCGUUGCGUGCUUCUUCUCUAUCUCUGUAGGUUUUUCUGCAUUCGAAUCUCGCUCCUAAUCGACGCUUCUAUCUUCCAAAGAUGGACUGGCAAGGGCAAAAGCUAGCUGAGCAGCUAAUGCAGAUAAUGCUGCUUGCAUUUGCUGUGACUGCAUUUGCUACAGGAUAUGUCAUGGCUUCUUUCCAGAUGAUGAUCCUUGUAUAUGCUGGUGGUGUGAUUCUCACUACAUUGGUGACGGUCCCUAAUUGGCCCUUUUUCAACCGCCAUCCUCUUAAUUGGUUGGAUCCAAGUGAGGUAGAAAAGCAUCCAAAGCCACAACCAUCACUGAAUGUAAAUUCAAAGAAGAAAUCCGUUAAGAAGUAGCUUUCUUUGACAUGUGUUAGUACUAAUAUUUUGCAUCUCUUUCUUAUUUUCUUUCCCUCCAUAUACUGGAUAUUACAAUGUAGUUUACUUUUUUGGACUACAACCAUAUAUUUGUUUUCUUUUUAGAUAUGGUUUGUCUUGGUUCACUUGCCUUGCUGCCUAUUUUCUACUUCUGAUAUCUUUUAGGCAUUAAUAAUAAUGGGCUCCUCUCAAUCUUAGUGGUGUUAGUGUUUGAGUUUGAUCACUCGAAAUAUGAUAGCAAAUGAUUUCAUACACUAUUCAAAAUUGGGAUAGGAUAUUUUGCCUACCUUACAGUCUACCUACUCACUAGUCGGGUUUAAUAAGGAGUGCUUUUUUUUUUUUUUACAGUCUACCUACUCCUCCAAUACCGUUAGAUUAUAAUCUCAGAAGGAGAGAUAAUGGUUGAAGGUUUGUUGAAAUUGUAAUCUAACGGCAUUGGAA